AUUUUUGUUUGCACUUUGUGUUUAAAACGCUUUUCGAAUGGAAUUAAAUUUAAAGUGUGAUUUAGCAGCCCAAUUUCCUGGCUUGUGUAUUGAUCAAAGGAAAAAUAGCGCUUGCUUAAUUAGUGGUGUUGUUUUCAUUAAUGACAAAUGGAUUCGCUUAAAACUAUAUUUACCACAUUUUCCAGAGCUGCGUGGCUUUGAAUUAUAUGUGCAACAGCACUUGGAAUAUAUAAUAUUUACCAACGACAAUCUACCGAUUCAGGCGGAUUGGCAGUUACUGGACUUGCUGACGCACCUGGCGCAACUUCUGCCGCCGUCAAUCCGGCCAGAAAUCACCUUAGCCGAGGCUUGCCAUAAUAUCUAUGCGGAAAUUCUGGAGCUACACAAGCCGCAGGAAUAUCGCCUGCAGUUGAAUGAACGUUGCACCAGAAUUCGUUUCUGUUCGUUUGGGGACUUUGAGUCGCAUUAUGUGGAGCUGGAGUUGCCCACGUUGCGAUUGCUGGAGCACAGUCUGCCCGACUGUAUUCAAUUGGCGGAUAUCUUGGCAAACAGCGCCCGCUCACUGAAGGAUGUAUUGCACCUCUAUCUAAAGCUGCUAGAGGAACUACGUCCCUUCUACGAAUGUUUCACCAACAUCGAUGAACUGUGCGAUGUGCUGCAGCCCUUUCCAAUUACUACCAAGCAUAACACUCGCGUCUUUCCCUUAAGGGAUCGCGUCUAUCUCAAGCUGAGCAUUGCCGAUCCCUUUGCCAGCUCAGCGUCGAUGGCUGUGCAGAUUAUAGGACCCACCGAGGAGGUGGCUCAACUGCGGCAUGUGCUCAGCGAUGGUCUGGCCAGUUGGGAUAUCGAACAGGAUAUUCAUACGAAUCUUUUGCACACUUUCGAUUUGUGUUAUUUUCCAAUGCCCGCUGACCUUGGUCUACCACAGAAGGAGGAGGACGAACAGCUUUGUAAUAUUUGUUAUGUCUUCCGACUGGAUAGCGGUGAGGUGCCCAUUGUCUCGUGUGAUAAUCCGCGCUGCGUUCUCAAAUGCCAUGCGGCCUGCCUGAAGGAGUGGUUUGACACGCUGAUCGAUGGCAAAACCUUUCUGGAGGUUUCAUUCGGUUUGUGCCCCUUCUGCAAGGCGAAGCUGUCCACAUCUUUUGCAGCGUUGCUGAAGAACUGAGAAUAGAAUUAGUUAAAUUCAACAAGAUUGUUUGUAAAAACUU